ACAUCACAAUGAUUGAGUGAUAAAUAGAAUAAAAUGGAGUUUAAGAUUAUAUUCAACUUCUUAUCUGUGUGUACUGGAAACUUUUUGGCAGCUGCAUCAUAUACAAUAGCUAAUCCUAUUUAUCCUUCGGAGGCCCUUUUGCGGGGAGUUAGUGUAUCAGAAACAGGAAUCGUGCUGGGUUCUGCAUAUUUCACGGCUUUCUUGAUCACACCGUUUUGCUGUCAACUGAUUUCUAAGUGGAGUGCAGAGAAAGUGUAUGCACUUGGAUCUAUAGUUGCAGGAGCAGGAAACAUUUCAUUCGGACUUCUGGACUACAUUCACGGGCCUGUAGAGUUCUUUUGGUUAUCUCUAAUAUUCCGAACAAUAAGCUCCUUAGGAGAGGCAGUUGUACUGAAUACAUCAUAUCCCUUAAGUGCUUAUCAAUUUUCGAGCAAUCACAGAGGAAAAGUCAUGGCUGUUAUGGAUAGCUGCUACGGUUUGGGGACUGCUGCAGGGCCAUCAUUGGGAAGCUUGUUAUUCUAUACCUUUCGAGGGUUCUUUGCCCCCUUUUUAUCCAUUGGUAUAUUUAUGAUACUCCUUGGCGGGAUAAUGCUUUCACAAGACUUCACAAACCAAGAGAAAGAAUCAAAAAAAGAUGAAUCCUUGGCAUGGACGGAGCUCAUAACCUGUCCUGGUGUUGCUGCUAUCCUUGCGGUUUUAGUUUUGGCAUCCCCUGCAAAUAAAUGGGUGGCUGCUUCCUUGGAACCACAUUUUAUUCAACUGUACGGAAUGGCCUCCCUUGAUGUUGGACUGGCAAUGACUGGAAGCGCAGUUGCUACUGUAUUAGCAUAUCCUCUAGUGGGAAUACUCUUGGAUCAUGACAUUUCAUCAACAUUUAUAGUUUUUGCUGGAAAUAUUUUUACCGUAUUUGGUUUGAUAGGUAUAGGACCUUUGCCUGGACUGGAGACUCUUCAAACCUUCCCUAUAGCAGUUGUAUCACUGAUAUUAAUUGGGUUUGGAAUAGCUACUAUUAGUCUAGCUUCCUUUUUCAAUAUUAUUGAAAGCUACAACAUAGCAGGUCUUCCAUUGACUGAUAUCACAACGAGUAAGAUAACCAGUCUUUGGCUGCUAAGUAAUUAUAUUGGUGCUUUCCUGUCUUCGCUAGCUGGUGGAGUUUUUUAUGAUUUGAUUGGAUUCUCAUGGAGUUGUACUGUACUGGCAAGUAUUAUUGCAGUUUCGGCCUUUGGAAGCCUGAUAAGUUCAAUAUUCAUCAGAAGAAAAUCUGAAUCCUAUGAAAAACUGUAGUAGAUGUACUUUGUGUUCUUUUAAAGUGUAUAUACUUUAUAAUUAACCUUCUUACAAACCUAAAUAUAGUCUAUAACAUAUA